GUAAACCAGCCAACUAGUUCUGGAAAUAGAAACCAAACUCUACCCUCACUGCAGUCCCUCCCUUCAGGGACCAAGCAAGAAGAUUCCGGAUCUAAAAACUACAGAGCAGAGAGCAAACACUGUGUGGACCAGGAUCGGCAAGAAAGUCUGAAGAGAUCAGCCACAAAUUCCCAGCUGUUCUUCCCUCCUAAAGCACCAGGAUUCCAGCACCCUGCAGCCCAUCUGCUUCCUGAACACUCCAGCUUAGACCAUUGCACAGAGAGCCUUCCAGCGACCCUGCUCCAGGAGAAGAGGUGACAUCACAGGAAGGCCACUGGCAUCACCACUCAGGAGCAGUGACACACACAGGUCCCAGUCAUGGGUCAGACUUCCUCUUCUACACCCCCUCAGAAGGAGGAUCCUGAUUUGACCUCCAGCCUUGACACAAACCUUCAGAAUUUCAAGAUGGAAACCAAAAUCCUGUCUCAGGAAUUAAUCACCUUGAUUCAGUCAUACCUAGAGGAUGGAAACCUUCAGGGAACAGUUUCUGCAAUCAGCAGUGCUCUGGGUGACAUUGAGAAAGUCCCGCUGAACAUUGCAGUGAUGGGAGAGACUGGAGCUGGAAAGUCCAGUCUCAUCAAUGCUCUACGAGGCGUGGGACCUGGAGAAGAUGGGGCUGCUUCCACUGGAGUGGUCUGUACAACCACUGAGAGAACACCAUACCCAUACCCAAAGUUUCCCAGUGUGACACUAUGGGACCUGCCUGGCAUUGGGUCCACUGCCUUCCAACCAUGUGAUUAUCUGAAGAAAAUCAAGUUUGAGGAGUAUGACGUCUUCAUCAUUGUCUCUUCUGGACGUUUUAAACAUAGUGAUGCAGAACUAGCCAAAGCCAUCGUGCAAAUGAAUAGGAGUUUCUAUUUUGUUCACACUCACAUAGAUGUUGCUCUAAGGGUUGAAAAACGGGGUAAUUGUAGGAGAUUCAAUAAACAAAACACUUUAAAGCAGAUUCGAAAUAGCAUUGUGACUAUACUUAAGGAUGUCACCCUCCAGGAGCCUCUGGUCUUCUUAGUCUCUAACUUUGAUGUGUCUGACUUUGACUUCCCAAAGCUGGAAACCACCCUUCUGAAGGAGCUCCCAGCCUACAAAUGCCACACAUUCAUGCUCACUUUGCCAAGUGUUACAAAUCCCACCAUAGACCGGAAGAGUGAGACACUGAAACAGGAGGUCUGGAAGGAAUCCAUGAUGCCAAGAGCAUGGGCCACCAUACCAUUCAGGGGAUGGACCAAAAAUGACAUAGAGAAUUUGGAAAAGAAUUUGAACCUCUACAGAUCUUCCUUUGGGCUGGAUGAGGCUUCACUGGAAAAGAUCGCUGAGGAUUUGCAUUUAACACUGGAGGAACUCAAGGCGAAUAUUAAGUCUCCACAUUUGCUCUUAGAAGAGCAAGGUACAUCCUUAAUAGAUAAACUAUUGAAAGACAUUAGCCAUCCUUACUUUUCAAAGGUUUUCCACUUGCAAAAUUACUUCAUUGACACUGUGGCAAGUGACGUUAAAAUUAUCCUUAGUGAAGAAAAGCUUUUUACAAAGAAGCAUCUUCAACUGCUCACAGCUACAGGCAAGCCUUUCUCUAGAAGUCCAUCACCCUUGAUGGCUCAGCUUUUGGAGUUCAGCUUUGAAAACUUUUUUAAGAAUUUCAAGAAGGAAAGCAAAAUCCUCUCUGAGGAAACCAUCACCUUGAUUGAAUCUCAUCUGGAGAAUAAGAACCUUCAGGGAGCACUGUCCACAAUUAGUCAUGCUCUGAGGAACAUUGACACAGCUCCACUGAACAUUGCUGUGACAGGAGAAACAGGCACGGGCAAAUCCAGCUUCAUCAAUGUCCUGAGGGGGAUGAAUCAUGAAGAAGAAGGGGCGGCCCCCAUUGGGGUGUUAGAGACAACUCUGGAGAGGACUCCAUACCCACACCCAAAGCUUCCCAACGUGACGAUAUGGGACCUGCCUGGCAUCGGGUCCACUACUUUCCCACUAGAAACUUAUCUAACAGAAAUGAAGUUUGGUGAGUAUGACUUCUUCAUUAUCCUGUCAGCUACACGCUUCAAAAAAACAGAUGCUCUUCUGGCCAAAGCCAUUGCAAAGAUGGAUACAAAGUUCUACUUUGUCCGAACCAAGAUAGACAGUGACAUAAGUAAUGAACAGAGAAGCAAACCUAAGACUUUCAAUAAGGACCGUGUCUUAAAGACAAUUAGGGAUAACUGCUCAAAGCAUCUUCAGGAGGCUCUCUGCAGCGAGCCUCCAAUCUUCUUAGUCUCUAACUUUGAUGUGUCUGACUUUGACUUCCCGAAGCUGGAGACCACACUACUGAACGAGCUCCCGGCCCACAAGCGCCACAUCUUCAUGCUGUCCUUGCACAGUGUGACUGAGACUGCCAUUGAAAGGAAGAGGGAUUUCCUCAAACAGAAGAUCUGGCUGGAGGCCCUGAAGGCUGGAGCAUGGGCCACCCUUCCAUGUGGGGGCUUGAUCAGAGAUAAAAUGCACAAGUGGGAGGAGACCUUGGCUCUCUACAGGUCUUACUUUGGGCUAGAUGAUGCCUCGCUGGAAAAGAUUGCCAAGGACUUUAACAUGUCUGUCAGUGACAUCAAGGCACACAUUAAGUCUCCCCAUUUGUUAACAAGGAACAAAGACAUGUCCUUAGAAGAAAAACUAGGGAAAUAUAUUGAAUAUAUUUCCUCUGUUAUUGGGGGACCACUUGCCACAGGCCUUUACUUUAGAAAGACUUUCUAUUUGAAAAGUCUCUUCAUUGACACUGUGGCAAGUGAUGCCAAGGCUCUUCUUAAUAAGGAAGAGUGCCUGUCUGAUACCCCUAAAUACUGGGAAGCAGCAACACAGGUCCCAGUCAUGGGUCAGACUUCCUCUUCUACACCCCCUCAGAAGGAGGAUCCUGAUUUGACCUCCAGCCUUGACACAAACCUUCAGAAUUUCAAGAUGGAAACCAAAAUCCUGUCUCAGGAAUUAAUCACCUUGAUUCAGUCAUACCUAGAGGAUGGAAACCUUCAGGGAACAGUUUCUGCAAUCAGCAGUGCUCUGGGUGACAUUGAGAAAGUCCCGCUGAACAUUGCAGUGAUGGGAGAGACUGGAGCUGGAAAGUCCAGUCUCAUCAAUGCUCUACGAGGCGUGGGACCUGGAGAAGAUGGGGCUGCUUCCACUGGAGUGGUCUGUACAACCACUGAGAGAACACCAUACCCAUACCCAAAGUUUCCCAGUGUGACACUAUGGGACUUGCCUGGCAUUGGGUCCACUGCCUUCCAACCAUGUGAUUAUCUGAAGAAAAUCAAGUUUGAGGAGUAUGACGUCUUCAUCAUUGUCUCUUCUGGACGUUUUAAACAUAGUGAUGCAGAACUAGCCAAAGCCAUCGUGCAAAUGAAUAGGAGUUUCUAUUUUGUUCACACUCACAUAGAUGUUGCUCUAAGGGUUGAAAAACGGGGUAAUUGUAGGAGAUUCAAUAAACAAAACACUUUAAAGCAGAUUCGAAAUAGCAUUGUGACUAUACUUAAGGAUGUCACCCUCCAGGAGCCUCUGGUCUUCUUAGUCUCUAACUUUGAUGUGUCUGACUUUGACUUCCCAAAGCUGGAAACCACCCUUCUGAAGGAGCUCCCAGCCUACAAAUGCCACACAUUCAUGCUCACUUUGCCAAGUGUUACAGAUCCCACCAUAGACCGGAAGAGUGAGACACUGAAACAGGAGGUCUGGAAGGAAUCCAUGAUGCCGAGAGCAUGGGCCACCAUACCAUUCAGGGGAUGGACCAAAAAUGACAUAGAGAAUUUGGAAAAGAAUUUGAACCUCUACAGAUCUUCCUUUGGGCUGGAUGAGGCAUCACUGGAAAAGAUCGCUGAGGAUUUGCAUUUAACACUGGAGGAACUCAAGGCGAAUAUUAAGUCUCCACAUUUGCUCUUAGAAGAGCAAGGUACAUCCUUAAUAGAUAAACUAUUGAAAGACAUUAGCCAUCCUUACUUUUCAAAGGUUUUCCACUUGCAAAAUUACUUCAUUGACACUGUGGCAAGUGACGUUAAAAUUAUCCUUAGUGAAGAAAAGCUUUUUACAAAGAAGCAUCUUCAACUGCUCACAGCUACAGGCAAGCCUUUCUCUAGAAGUCCAUCACCCUUGAUGGCUCAGCUUUUGGCAUUCAGCUUUGAAAACUUUUUUAAGAAUUUCAAGAAGGAAAGCAAAAUCCUCUCUGAGGAAACCAUCACCUUGAUUGAAUCUCAUCUGGAGAAUAAGAACCUUCAGGGAGCACUGUCCACAAUUAGUCAUGCUCUGAGGAACAUUGACACAGCUCCACUGAACAUCGCUGUGACAGGAGAAACAGGCACGGGCAAAUCCAGCUUCAUCAAUGUCCUGAGGGGGAUGAAUCAUGAAGAAGAAGGGGCGGCCCCCAUUGGGGUGGUAGAGACAACUCUGGAGAGGACUCCAUACCCACACCCAAAGCUUCCCAACGUGACGAUAUGGGACCUGCCUAGCAUCGGGUCCACUAUUUUCCCACCAGAAACUUAUCUAACAGAAAUGAAGUUUGGUGAGUAUGACUUCUUCAUUAUCCUGUCAGCUACACGCUUCAAAAUAACAGAUGCUUUUCUGGCCAGAGCCAUUGAAAAGAUGGAUACAAAGUUCUGCUUUGUCCGAACCAAGAUAGACAGUGACAUAAGUAAUGAACAGAUGAGUAAACCUAAGACUUUCAAUAAGGACCGUGUCUUAAAGACAAUUAGGGAUAACUGCUCAAAGCAUCUUCAGGAGGCUCUCUGCAGCGAGCCUCCAAUCUUCUUAGUCUCUAACUUUGAUGUGUCUGACUUUGACUUCCCGAAGCUGGAGACCACACUACUGAACGAGCUCCCGGCCCACAAGCGCCACAUCUUCAUGCUGUCCUUGCACAGUGUGACUGAGACUGCCAUUGACAGGAAGAGGGAUUUCCUCAAACAGAAGAUCUGGCUGGAGGCCCUGAAGGCUGGAGCAUGGGCCACCCUUCCAUGUGGGGGCUUGAUCAGAGAUAAAAUGCACAAGUGGGAGGAGACCUUGGCUCUCUACAGGUCUUACUUUGGGCUAGAUGAUGCCUCGCUGGAAAAGAUUGCCAAGGACUUUAACAUGUCUGUCAGUGACAUCAAGGCACACAUUAAGUCUCCCCAUUUGUUAACAAGGAACAAAGACAUGUCCUUAGAAGAAAAACUAGGGAAAUAUAUUGAAUAUAUUUCCUCUGUUAUUGGGGGACCACUUGCCACAGGCCUUUACUUUAGAAAGACUUUCUAUUUGAAAAGUCUCUUCAUUGACACUGUGGCAAGUGAUGCCAAGGCUCUUCUUAAUAAGGAAGAGUGCCUGUCUGAUGCCCCUAAAUACUGGGAAGCAGCAUAAUGGAGCAAUGAGUCACUUAUCUUUGGACUAGAUUCUGCCACUGACUUAGAGCCUACUUUUAAGCAGCAAACAUUUUCUGUGAAAGAUCAGGGGAUUCAUCCUUUUCCUCUUUCAGAGACAGAACAUCACUGUGUCAAGUGGAAGUACAGUCAUCAACAGUGUAAAAACACAUGAGAAAAUCUGUCUUCCAUUAUAAUAUUACGUAUGAGAAUACAUGGUUGUAUACAUAUGACUUGCAAAACCUUUGUCACAUUACACUUGGAUCUUUUGUCCCAAGGAAGGGUAGGUAGGGUUGGGGGGGGAGGAGUAAAGAGGGAGGGAGAGAAAAAGAAAAGAAGAGAGAAAGGAAGGAAGGAAGGAAGGAAGGAAGGAAGGAAGGAAGGAAGGAAGGAAAACAUUUGACUGGGGCUUAUAUCCACAAGCAGCUGGCAGAGAGAGCUACCUGGAAAUGACAUGGGCUUUUGAACCCUUAAAGCCUCCCCCCAAGGACAGGCCUCACCAACAUCCCACCAACUGAGAGCAAGUAUUCAAACCUAGGAGCCCAUGGGAGCCAUUCUCAUUCAAACCACCACACAGCCCAUCAUGGCACUAAGGUAUGAAAGCAGGAGCCUGGGGCAGCUGGCCACCUCGCAUCUGCAGUCAGGAAACAGCAUUAAAUGCUGAUGCUGGUGACUUCAUUUCAUCCCUGCCCCCAGCCCAGGAAAUGGCAACACACACAUUCAGGGUGGGUCUUCUUACCACUGAUAAACCUCCCUAGACACAACCAGAAGUUUGCUCUCUGCAUAACCUAAGUCCAAUAAAAUAACGAUGAUGAUUAACCGUUAUAA